AGUUACGCACCCCAGACGAUUUCCUAGCAGCGUUACUUUGGGCUGGAAUAACUGGUAGAGAAUGGCCAAAGCGCACACGUCUCUUUGCCUCUAUAAAAACCAAGUACGGCACACCCAUUUUCGAAAAACGCUUCGAAGACAAUGUCGAUGGACAUGCAGAAAUAGCAAUGCUUAGAAGCAGCAACUUUCUGGACGUAGUAGAGAAAAAUCAUAACAUCGAAAUCACUCUGACUUUAAACUACUCCCCCUGUAGUAGCUGUGCAAAGGAGUUAAAAAAAAUUUAUGAGAAGGACCCGUAUAACUCAAAUAUCAAAAAUUUCACCAUCCAGUUUUCACACUUAGAUAUGAUAGACGAAGAGAAAAAUAAAACUGGCCUCCGAAACCUAAACGAAGCAGGUGUAACCUUACAAGCUAUGAAUGCAGAGUCGUGGCGUGAAGUUGGAAUUGAUCUUGAGUCUAUACCUCCCUUGGGAAAAAAAAGAAUAAAUGAAAGAGACAACAAAACUGGCAGUGUUCUACUGAGACAAGUGCUCAAUAGAAAUUUCUUAAAAACGUUACUUUUGACUGGAGUAACUGGUACAAAAUGGCCAAAACGCACAUAUCUCAUUGUCUCUAUCAAAGCCGAGGACGGCAAAUCCAUUUUCGAAGAACGCUUCCAAAACAGUUGCAAAGAACAUGCAGAAAAAGUAAUGCUUAGAAACCUCAACUUUCUUGACGUAGUAGAGAAAAAUAUUAACAUCCAAAUAACUCUGACUUUAAACUAUUCCCCCUGUAGUAACUGUGCAAUCGUUUUAAAAGAAUUUUAUGAAGAGGAUGUACAUAAGUCAAAUAUCAAAUAUUUCACCAUCCAGUUUUCAUUCAUAUAUUACGUAAAAAAUAAGGAAAAUAGAACUGGCCUCCAAAACCUAAGCGAAGCAGGUGUAACCUUACAAGCUAUGAAUGCAGAGUCGUGGCGUGAAGUUGGAAUUGACCUCGAGUCUUUUACUCCCGAGGAUAAAGAAAAAAUAAAUAAAAGAGACAACGACACUGCCAACGAUCUAAAUGAAGUGCUCUUUACAAACAAGCAAGAUCAGGACGAGUCUGUUGACGAAUUGUCUUCACAAUUGAACGCAAAGUUAAGAGCUAAGGAAACUUGA